GCCGGCGCGGUUGGGGCCCUUCCCGUCCCGGCCGCCUCAGAGGCACGCCUCAGUCCUUCUCCCUCCGCCGCGCCGGUCCCCCCCCGCGGAGCAGGAAGAAGAGGGAACCGGUGAAUGGGCUUGUGGUGACCCAACGCCGCCGCCAUGGAGCUGAUCACCAUCCUGGAGAAGACCGUCUCGCCCGAUCGCAAUGAGCUGGAGGCGGCGCAGAAGUUCCUGGAGCGGGCGGCCGUGGAGAACCUGCCCACUUUCCUGGUGGAACUGUCCAGAGUGCUGGCAAACCCCGGGAACAGCCAGGUGGCCAGAGUCGCAGCUGGCCUACAGAUCAAGAACUCUUUGACGUCAAAGGACCCGGACAUCAAGGCCCAGUACCAACAGAGGUGGCUCGCCAUCGACGCGAACGCCCGCAGGGAGGUCAAAAACUACGUUUUGCAGACUCUAGGGACAGAAACCUACCGGCCAAGUUCCGCCUCCCAGUGCGUGGCCGGGAUCGCCUGUGCAGAGAUUCCAGUGAACCAAUGGCCCGAACUCAUCCCCCAACUGGUGGCCAACGUCACCAACCCCAACAGCACAGAGCACAUGAAAGAGUCGACGUUGGAAGCAAUCGGUUACAUCUGCCAGGACAUCGAUCCUGAGCAGCUGCAGGACAAAUCCAAUGAGAUCCUGACUGCCAUAAUCCAGGGGAUGAGGAAAGAAGAGCCCAGUAACAAUGUGAAGCUAGCAGCCACCAAUGCACUCCUGAACUCAUUGGAGUUCACCAAAGCAAACUUCGACAAAGAGUCCGAGAGGCACUUUAUUAUGCAGGUAGUCUGCGAAGCGACCCAGUGUCCUGACACAAGGGUCCGAGUGGCUGCGCUACAGAAUCUGGUGAAGAUAAUGUCCCUGUAUUAUCAGUACAUGGAGACGUACAUGGGCCCUGCUCUCUUCGCUAUUACAAUUGAAGCGAUGAAAAGCGACAUCGACGAAGUGGCCCUGCAGGGAAUAGAGUUCUGGUCGAACGUGUGCGACGAGGAAAUGGAUCUGGCCAUCGAGGCGUCCGAGGCAGCAGAACAAGGCCGGCCUCCUGAACACACCAGCAAGUUUUAUGCCAAGGGAGCUCUCCAGUACCUGGUCCCCAUCCUCACGCAGACGCUAAGCAAACAGGACGAGAAUGACGACGACGACGACUGGAACCCCUGCAAAGCGGCGGGCGUGUGCCUCAUGCUGCUGGCCACCUGCUGCGAGGACGACAUCGUCCCCCACGUGCUGCCCUUCAUCAAAGAACACAUCAAGAACCCCGACUGGCGGUACCGGGACGCCGCCGUCUUGGCCUUCGGCUCCAUCCUGGAAGGGCCGGAGCCCAAUCAGCUCAAGCCCCUGGUCAUCCAGGCGAUGCCCACUCUAAUAGAACUAAUGAAGGACCCCAGCGUGGUGGUCCGAGACACCACGGCCUGGACGGUGGGCCGGAUCUGCGAGCUGCUCCCCGAGGCCACCAUCAACGACGUCUACCUGACCCCCUUGCUGCAAUGUCUGAUCGAAGGCCUGAGCGCGGAACCCAGGGUGGCUUCGAACGUGUGCUGGGCCCUCUCGAGUCUAGCGGAGGCUGCCUACGAGGCUGCAGACGUAGGUGACGAUCAGGAAGAACCAGCUACCUACUGCUUGUCGGCUUCGUUUGAACUAAUAGUGCAGAAACUCCUGGAGACCACCGACAGGCCGGACGGACACCAGAACAACCUGCGGAGUUCCGCCUACGAAUCCCUGAUGGAGAUUGUGAAGAACAGUGCCAAAGACUGUUACCCCGCCGUGCAGAAGACGACGCUCGUCAUCAUGGAGCGGCUGCAGCAAGUGCUGCAGAUGGAGUCCCACAUCCAGAGCACGUCCGACCGGAUCCAGUUCAAUGACCUCCAGUCUCUGCUGUGCGCCACUCUUCAGAAUGUGCUCCGGAAAGUGCAGCACCAGGACGCCCUGCAGAUCUCAGACGUGGUCAUGGCCUCCCUGUUACGGAUGUUCCAGAGCACGGCCGGCUCGGGGGGCGUGCAGGAGGACGCCCUGAUGGCCGUUAGCACACUGGUGGAAGUGUUGGGUGGCGAAUUCCUGAAGUACAUGGAUGCUUUCAAGCCUUUCCUGGGCAUCGGGUUGAAGAACUACGCCGAGUACCAGGUUUGUCUGGCAGCGGUGGGCCUGGUGGGAGAUUUAUGUCGAGCUCUGCAGUCCAACAUCUUGCCUUUCUGCGAUGAGGUCAUGCAGCUGUUGUUGGAGAACUUGGGGAACGAGAACGUCCACAGAUCAGUGAAGCCUCAGAUCCUCUCCACGUUUGGUGAUAUUGCUCUUGCCAUCGGGGGAGAGUUUAAGAAGUACCUAGAGGUGGUAUUGAAUACCCUUCAGCAGGCGUCCCAAGCGCAGGUGGACAAGUCCGAUUACGACAUGGUGGACUAUCUGAACGAGCUGAGGGAAGGCUGCCUGGAAACCUACACCGGAAUCAUUCAGGGAUUGAAGGGAGACCAGGAGAACGUGCACCCCGAUGUGAUGCUGGUACAGCCCAGAGUAGAGUUUAUUCUGUCCUUCAUUGACCACAUCGCUGGAGACGAAGACCACACAGACAGCAUCGUGGCUUGUGCUGCUGGCCUGAUAGGGGAUUUGUGUACGGCGUUCGGGAAGGAUGUGCUGAAAUUAGUCGAGGCUAGGCCCAUGAUCCAUGAACUAUUAACUGAAGGGCGAAGAUCCAAGACUAACAAAACAAAAACCCUUGCUACCUGGGCCACGAAAGAACUGAGGAAACUGAAGAACCAAGCUUGAUCUCCGUCUAAUUGGGAUGGUACCCGAGGCCCCCCCACUGGAAAAAUCUCCAAUCUUAUGAAAAAAAACCCGGAAGCAAGGAGUGUGCGCGGAUGCUGAAUGUUUGGGAAUGAGAGGAUGAGUGAGUGAGGCUUGAACACACCACAUUGAAACCCUGGCCCAGCGGGCCCUGGCCGCGCCGUUUAGUGAGCCGCGCGCCGACUUGCGUAGAACACCGCACCACCGGCUGUCUCGGAAAAAGAGAAAACGGCAGAUUUCCGGGCCAGAGCGAGAAGGAGGGCCUUCUCUUCCCGAGAGAGGCGAGAACUCUUUUCUGUCUUGGGGCCAGCGCGGAGCGGAGUGACUAGCUGGAGAGGAGGUCCUGGGUUCAACUGUGGUGCUUUGUUGUUAGACGCCUGGCCUUUGCUACUGAGGAGAGAGAGAGAGAGCGCGAGAGAGAGAGAAAGAGAUGGAGUCUGGGUCUCCAGCCCACCUUCGGGGUCCUUUUGCCCCAGGGCACUGUCCCUGUGGGGACUGAAAGGAGGGAGAGGGAUUUUUUUUCAGUCUACGAGUGAAUGUGUGUGUGAGUGAGACGGAAUCCACAUUCUCAAGUUCAAGUCAUUGCAGUCUAUCUUUCUCCCAGGAAAACACACACAUACACACACAUACACACCCACACCCACACACACGAAAAGGGUUAGAAGUUGCAUUUCCUAAACUAACCGAAGUUCAGUCUACUGAUGCAGCACAAGAGAUGUAAAAAGGCAGGAAGCAAGAAAGGAAAGCCACCCUGGUGGUUUGUUGUUGUUUUUUUUUCUUUUUUUUUUUUUUUUGUUAAAGGGGUGACCAUGGCACCCUGGCCCCACGUGACGCUUCUCGUGAUUCCCCUACGUGGCGCCUUUACUUCUAGGGUUCAACUGUGAAUGUAGAAGUGGGGAAAAGAGAAAGACAGCCCCGGGGUUAGAGAAAUUAGAAAAAUAGCACCGUCAGAGACAAAAAAAAAAACAAACAAAAAACCCCACCACGAGCCAUUCAAACCAAAUUCAAUGUUCAGAAUUGGCAGAGUCGAAGGGAACACUCUCUCCUGACUUGUACUAUGGCAGCCUGCCCCCUAAAUUGUGCCAAAGAGUUUAAAAAGCAAAACCAACACACGAACAAUAAAAAUACAAAGUACAGCAAACUUCAGGUAACUAUUUUGGAUUGCAAACUGGGGAUAAAUUUAAAUGUCAAACAGAAUCUGAUAAAAUGCCCUUUGGAAACUG